AUGGGUACCAUCACUGUACUGCUGCAUCUGCUGCUGAUGGUCUCUGGUGCCUCUGCAUGGUAUUGGCACUACUUUUCUUCCUUUGGCCGGUCAGUGGACUUCACUCCCAAAGGAAGAAAUUCAGAUGGGACUUAUGAGGUGGAGCUUCGACAGAAAAACACUGUUUAUAUCUACUACCACUCAUAUGAUGAGGGAACCUGCCAGAGCGGUGACUGUGGGACCAGGACACAGCGCUCUGUAGACUUCGUUACAUCUGGUUCCUAUGGUCUUACAUGGACACAAUAUGAGACGAAAACAACUACCAGGCUGACCAGUAACCUUCCGUUCGAAAUGAGAUACCCACUCUAUGAGUACUAUUACCAUGGAAAUGGUUACUGGUUUCCAAAUGUGAGAAAUACUUUUCAACCAUGGAGAAUGAUGACACACGUGGACAUGGGGAUCCGAUCAGAUACUCAGGAAUCUAACAGACCUCCUGUCAUUACCACCCCUAACAUUCUCAGAGUAACAAAUAACUGCCCUCGAUCAUUUAAUAUCAAGCCUGUUGAUCCCGAUGGUGACAAUGUCAGAUGCAGACUACCGACAGACUAUGGUACAUAUGAGUGUUCUAUAUGCAGCCUUCCUAAUGGCUUCUCUUUCGAUAAGAAUUCCUGCACCCUUACAUUUAAUACUGGAGCUCAAACUGGAUAUAACCCAGUAGAGCUUGUGGUGGAGGACUUUCCCAAACAAGACAUCAUACUGACUUACUCCGAUGGAUCCUACACAAGAAAAUGGCCCCAAACAAUGGCACGACGCAAACGGCAGAUCACGGCAGCUUAUCCAACCACCACAACAGCUGCUGAAACCACGACUACAGCUUAUCCAACCACCACAACAGCUGCUGAAACCACGACUACAGCUUAUCCAACCACCACAACAGCUGCUGAAACCACGACUACAGCUUAUCCAACCACCACAACAGCUGCUGAAACCACCACUACAGCUUAUCCAACCACCACAACAGCUGCUGAAACCACGACUACAGCUUAUCCAACCACCACUACAGCUGCUGAAACCACGACUACAGCUUAUCCAACCACCACUACAGCUGCUGAAACCACGACUACAGCUUAUCCAACCACCACUACAGCUGCUGAAACCACCACUACAGCUUAUCCAACCACCACUACAGCUGCUGAAACCACGACUACAGCUUAUCCAACCACCACAACAGCUGCUGAAACCACGACUACAGCUUAUCCAACCACCACUACAGCUGCUGAAACCACCACUACAGCUUAUCCAACCACCACUACAGCUGCUGAAACCACGACUACAGCUUAUCCAACCACCACUACAGCUGCUGAAACCACCACUACAGCUUAUCCAACCACCACAGAUCCUUAUCCAGCUACCACCACGCCUCCUCCUACCACUACUACAACUGCCCCAACUACAGUGUCUUACCGAUCAUCAAUCAGACCUUUAAGCAUUCUCCCGCUCCAAUUCACUGUUCUUGUGGACUCCCACAGUGCUCCUUCAUGUGUCGAUGGUGAUUAUUUUCCCAUUUUCGUGGCACCAACUCCAGUUAAUGGAGUAAAUCUUCCUGCUUAUGUCAAUCAAACCCUUGAAAUUAAAGUCAGUUCAGAAGCUCAGUACACAACGAUUAAUGACCUCAUUGUCACAGGCCCACAGGGCAUUUCUAAGGAGAGAUCCUCCACAGAUACAUACAUUAUAAAAUGGACACCAACUGAAGAUAAACUGAAUUAUCAUUUCCCUAUUUGCUUUGUGUCUGAAGCAAGAGAUAUGUAUUACAACAUCUAUCACUCAGAGCUGCGGUGUGUGUCUGUUGAUGUUAGUCACCAGGAGGCUGUUGUGACCUGCAAUGAAACAACUAUGACUAUGGAAGUGGCAAAGACCUACACCAUCAAACGUAAGGAAGACAAGCUGCAUCUAAAAAGCUUCACCGAUUCUUCUUGUGACCUCAAAAGACUCUCCAACGAAACCCAUUUGGUGGCUGUCAUAGCGCUCGGAGCAUGUGGGACACAGGUUCAGGAGGAUGAAGACAGGAUAUAUUUUCAGAAUGAAAUCACUUCAGCCGACCCAAAUAAAAUAAUUUCCAGGCAGAACGAUGUCGAAGUUGCCUUUACCUGCUCCUACCCAAAACGAGCCAACCUGACCCUGGGAUUCAGACACAAAAACCCGUACGCCUUCAGAGAGAAAGGCUUUGGAGCUUUCACCUUCCAGUUUGAAUUUUUUGAGAGCCAGCGUUUCAGGAAGCAGGUAAACGCCAGCAGCUACCCAGUUGAAGUUUACCUGAAGCAGAUGAUCUUCAUGCAGAUCGAGGCCACCUCGUCCAUCCCAACCACUGAGCUGUUUGUGGAGUCCUGCAAGGCGACUCCCUACGACAAUCCCAACUCCCGCAUCAGCUACACCAUCAUCGAAAACGGGUAAAAAGAAAAUAAAGGAUUAUUACUUUAAUAGUUACUACAAACUGUUUUUCUGU